AUGGCGGCUCGCAACAGCCACCCACCCAACAGCACGACGGAGGCCCGGAGAAGCCCAUUUGACGACGGGCCUCUUCCGCCCAUCAAGUCAACCGCGUGCCGCCGAUGCCAUUCGCGAAAGGUGAAGUGCUCCGGCGACCAGCCCUGCCAGAAUUGUCGGCAUGCCGGGAAAGGUGCCGAGUGCACUUACCCGCGCCGCAAUAGACAGGUCAAGGUCAGACAAAGUUAUAUUGACGGUCUUCUGGACGAGAUCCGUCGUCUCAAGAGCCAGGUUGCCUCUCAGAGCGCUUCAACCUCCACAUGUGCGCCGUUAGAUGAUGUGAUAUCAACCACGACUACGACAGCAACACCAUCUCAGAACACCAGUUACACUGGCAACAGAGAGGCACUAUCAACGCCAACGUCCGCCAAUCUAGGCGAUAAUGAAGAGCCCUUGACAGUGGCAGCGGCGGCAGAGGAUGCAGUAGCAGCAGCCGGGGCCACAGCGCCAGCAACGGCAACACUCGAAGUCCGACCGUGGUUCAUCAACGCCAACGUCUUCCGCACCCCGAUCCUCAUCGGCGAGGUCGCCGACGCCGCCUUCUCCACCCGCUUCCGCCAGGUCAUCUCGGACCCCUACGCGCCGCAACCCCGCCACAUGCUCCGCGUCAACUACGCCCCCGACGCCGAGCUCAUGGCCCUCGUCAAGUCUUCCGACGUCGCCUGGCCCACGCCCUCGCGCUCCCGCUUCCUCGUCGAGGUGGCUCUCAAGUAUGUCGCCCGCCGGUACCACGUCGUCCGCCGCAGCGCCGUCAUGCGCGACCUCGAGCAGAGCAUCCACAACCCCUCCUGGGGCGACCUCAUGCUCCGCUCCAAGCUGUGGGCCCUCUUCGCCAUCGGCGAGCUCUACUCGACAAGGUCCAUCCCCUCGGAAAAGGACUUCCCCGGCAUGCCGUAUUUUGCAAAAGCCUCGCGCGUGUUGGGUGUGCUCGACGAGCGGCCCGGCACGGACUCGAUCGAGAUCAUGCUGCUUCUUUCGUUCUACUCGUUGGCCCUGAACCGCCGCUACAGCGCCUUUGUAAUGUCCGGCACCGCGAUGCGCAUGGCCAUCGUCAUGGGUCUGCACCUCAACAUCCCCGAGUCUCAGCUGCGCGACCCGGACCUGCGUGAGCACCGCAAGCGCCUGUUUUGGACGACGUACAUCUUUGACCGCAUCUGGGCCUCCAAGCUCGGCCACCCUACCGCCAUCCAGGACAGCGACGUCGGCGUCGACCUGCCCUCCGAGGCGGCGGAUGAUGGGACGGCAGUGGUGCGGACGCACGCGGCCGACUUUGAGGAUACCGCGUAUCACGUGGCGAGCCUGCGGCUGGCGGCCCUCAUCACCAAGACGGUGCGCUCCAUCUACGGCCAGCGCAGCCAAGGCGAGGCGACGACGCUGUCGACGAGGGUGCAGCAGGCGCUCAAGGACCUCAGGGCCUGGGUGGAGGAUUUGCCUGCCCAUUUGCAGCUUGAUAAUGCUGGGACCGGGCCGAAGCCUAUUUCGCUGCAUUUGUCUUUUAAUCAGGUAUUAUGA